AUGGGCGGACGCCGGGUCCUGGGCCAGCCACGCGCCGGCCUCUGUCUGCUGCUGGCGGCGCUGGAGCUGUCGCUGGGGACGCGGGCCGACCCUGUGGAUGUGUUGGAGGCCCUUGGUGUGCGGGGGGGCCAGGCGGGGGUCCCUGAGGGGCCUGGCUUCUGUCCCCAGAGGGCUCCAGAGGGUGACCGGGCCUUCCGAGUGGGCAAGGCCACCAGGCUCAGUGUCCCCACAUGGGAGCUCUUCCCAGAUGGCCGCUUCCCUGAGAACUUCUCUGUGUUGGUCACUCUGCGGGGCCAGCCAGCCAGCCAGUCUGUCCUACUCUCUGUUUACGACGAGCAGGGUGUCCGGCAGCUGGGCCUGGUUCUAGGGCCAGCUCUGGGCCUCCUUGGUGGCCCCUUCCACCCCCUCCCCCAGCAGGUCAACCUCACAGAUGGCAGGUGGCACCGUGUGGCGGUCAGCGUAGAUGGUGGGAUGGUGACCCUGGUGGCGGACUGUGACCCUCAGCCCCCCGUGCUGGGUCAGGGGCCUCGAUUCAUCAGCACAGCUGGACUCACUGUGCUGGGGACCCAGGACCUCGGGGAGGAGUCUUUUGAGGGUGAUGUCCAGGAGCUGCUGAUAAGCCCAGACCCCCAGGCUGCCUUCCGGGCCUGUGAGCGGUACCUCCCCAGCUGUGACAACCUCAGUCCUGCAGCCACAGGGGCCCCCCAGGGUGAGCCGGAAACCCCUCCCCCUCGGCGGAAGGGAAAGGGGAAAGGAAAGAAAAAAGGACGGGGUCGCAAGGGGAAGGGGAGGAAGAAGAAGAACAAGGAAGCUCUGACCUCAAGUCCAUCUCCUGGCUCCCCAGAGAACCAGACCUCCACGGAAGUCCCUACGACAGAGACACCAGCUCCAGAUCAGCCUCCCACCCCCACGCCUUUGGUCGUCACCUCCACUGUGACCGUGGGCCACAACGUCACGGACCUAGAGGGGGGCCUGGACCCUGUCAGUGGAGCCGAGCUGGGGAUCCUGGAGACAGAGACAGCCAGGGAGGAUGACAGAGAAGAUGAGCCCACUAUGGGCCCUGACUUCCGGGCAGCAGAACACCCAUCUCAGACUCAGUUCCAGAUCUUUGCUGGCGCUGGAGAGAAGGGAGCAAAAGGAGAACCAGCGGUGAUUGAACAGGGACAGCAGUUUGAGGGACCUCCAGGAACCCCCGGACCCCGAGGGGUGACAGGCCCCUUGGGCCCUCCUGGCCCCCCAGGAUUCCCAGGGGACCCUGGUCUGCCGGGCCCUGCUGGCCUCCCAGGAAUCCCUGGCAUCGACGGGAUCCGGGGACCCCCGGGCACGGUGAUCAUGAUGCCGUUCCAGUUCACUAGCGGCUCCCUCAAGGGACCCCCAGUGUCCUUCCAGCAGGCCCAGGCCCAGGCAGUGCUGCAGCAGGCGCAGCUGUCCAUGAAAGGCCCUCCCGGCCCGGUGGGGCUUACCGGGCGCCCAGGCCCCGUGGGCCUCCCUGGGCUUCCGGGUCUGAAAGGAGAGGCAGGCGCCAUGGGGCCGCAGGGUCCCCGAGGCCUGCAGGGACCUCAUGGGCCUCCCGGCCGUGAGGGCAAGAUGGGCCGCCCUGGAGCGGAUGGGGCUCGAGGCCUCCCAGGGGACACAGGACCUAAGGGUGAUCGGGGCUUUGACGGCCUCCCAGGACUUCCUGGGGAGAAGGGCCAAAGGGGUGACUUUGGCCAUGUGGGGCAACCUGGCCCCCCAGGAGAGGACGGCGAGAGGGGCACAGAGGGACCUCCAGGGCCCACGGGCCAGGCAGGGGAGCCAGGUCCCCGAGGAUUGAUCGGCCCCAGAGGUUCCCCCGGCUCCCCGGGACGUCCGGGCGUGGUUGGAAGUGAUGGUGCUCCAGGCGCCAAAGGCAAUGUGGGUCCUCCAGGAGAAGCAGGCCCUCCGGGACAGCAGGGAAACCAUGGGUCACAGGGACUCCCUGGCCCCCAGGGGCUCAUUGGAACUCCUGGGGAGAAGGGUCCCCCUGGAAAUGCAGGGAUUCCAGGCCUCCUAGGAGCUGAUGGCCCUCCGGGUCACCCAGGCCAUGAGGGCCCUACGGGAGAGAAAGGGGCUCAAGGUCCACCAGGGUCAGCAGGCCCUCCAGGCUAUCCUGGACCUCGGGGUGUGAAGGGUACUUCAGGCAACCGGGGCCUCCAGGGGGAGAAAGGCGAGAAGGGAGAAGACGGCUUCCCAGGCUUCAAGGGUGAUGGGGGGCUCAAAGGCGAUUGGGGGAACCCCGGACCCCUGGGUCUCCGGGGAGAGGAUGGUCCAGAGGGGCCGAAGGGGCAAGAGGGGCUGCCUGGCGAGGAGGGGCCCCCAGGCUCAGCUGGGGAGAAGGGCAAGCUUGGGGUGCCAGGUCUCCCAGGUUACCCAGGACGUCCAGGACUGAAGGGAUCAAUUGGGUUUCCUGGACCCCUGGGGCCAAUAGGAGAGAAAGGGAAGCGGGGUGAUGUGGGCCAGGACGGGGCCCCCGGAAUCCCUGGAGAAAAGGGCCUCCCUGGCCUGCAAGGCCCUCCAGGGUUCUCUGGGCCGAAGGGCCCCCCCGGUCAUCAGGGGAAAGACGGACGACCAGGGCACCCUGGACAGAGAGGAGAGUUGGGGUUCCAAGGUCAGACGGGCCCGCCGGGACCAGCUGGCGUCCUGGGUCCUCAGGGAAAUACAGGAGAAGUGGGACCCCUCGGUGAAAGGGGGCCCCCAGGCGCCCCCGGACCUCCUGGUGAACAAGGUCUUCCGGGCCUGGAAGGCAGAGAGGGAGCCAAGGGGGAGCUGGGACCACCGGGACCCCUUGGGAAGGAAGGACCAGCUGGGCCCAGGGGCUUCCCAGGUGUCCAGGGAGCCCCCGGGGAGCCGGGACCAACUGGUUUGAAAGGUGACAAGGGACCCCCAGGGCCCAUCGGGGCCAACGGCUCUCCCGGUGAACGGGGUCCCGUGGGCCCAGCAGGAGGCAUUGGGCUUCCCGGCCAAAGUGGCGGCCAAGGCCCUGUUGGCUCUGCGGGCGAGAAGGGGUCCCCGGGAGAACGUGGCCCCCCUGGCCCCACGGGCAAAGAUGGGAUCCCAGGGCCCCUGGGUCCUCUGGGUCCCCCUGGAGCUGCAGGGCCGGCUGGUGAGGAAGGAGACAAGGGGGAGGUGGGCGCCCCCGGCCACAAAGGGAGCAAAGGCGACAAGGGAGACGUGGGCCCCCCUGGACCAACAGGGAUCCAGGGUCCCGUGGGACACCCAGGCCUCCCGGGAGCAGACGGGGCUCAGGGCCGCCGGGGACCCCCGGGCCUCUUUGGACAGAAAGGAGACGAUGGGGUCAGAGGCUUUGUGGGGGUGAUUGGCCCCCCUGGCCUGCAGGGACUGCCGGGCCCUCCCGGAGAGAAGGGCGAAGUUGGAGAUGUGGGGUCCAUGGGUCCGCACGGAGCUCCGGGUCCUCGGGGCCCCCACGGCCCCAGUGGAUCAGAGGGCCCUCCAGGACCGCCUGGAGGCGUUGGCCAGCCAGGCGCCGUGGGCGAGAAGGGCGAGCCAGGGGAGGCUGGAGACCCAGGGCCUCCAGGACUCCCAGGCAUCUCAGGGCCCAGGGGAGAUGUUGGUGAAAAGGGAGAUUCAGGCCCAUCUGGGGCUGCCGGGCCCCCUGGAAAGAAAGGACCCCCUGGGGAAGAUGGAGCCAAAGGGAAUAUGGGCCCCACGGGGCUCCCCGGAGAUCUAGGGCCCCCCGGAGACCCCGGUGUUCCGGGUACGGAUGGCUCCCCCGGGGAGAAGGGAGACCCUGGUGACGUUGGGGGACCGGGUCCUCCUGGCGCUUCCGGGGAACCCGGCGCCCCUGGACCCCCCGGCAAGAGGGNGGAGGCAGGCGCCCUCUGACCCCGGCCCCGCCCUUGCCUCUGUCCGUCUCAGGGGGAGCCGGGUCCUGACGGGCCUCCAGGGAGGAUGGGCCCUGUGGGGGCCCGUGGGCCUCCCGGGCGCGUGGGCCCUGAGGGUCUUCGAGGGAUCCCUGGCCCUGUGGGUGAACCAGGCCUCUUGGGACCCCCUGGACAGAUGGGCCCUCCUGGCCCCCUGGGACCCUCUGGCCUCCCAGGACUGAGGGGAGAUGCCGGCCUCAAGGGAGAAAAGGGCCACAUUGGACUCAUCGGGCUCAUUGGGCCUCCUGGGGAGGCUGGAGAGAAAGGGGACCGGGGCUUGCCAGGCGUGCAGGGCCCCCCUGGCCCUAAGGGAGACCCUGGUCCCCGGGGUCCCAUCGGCUCUCUGGGCCCCCCUGGGUCCCCAGGCGUGGCGGGCCCUCUGGGACCGAAGGGCUCAAAGGGGUCUCCGGGGUCCCUUGGUCCCCGUGGAGACACUGGACCUGCGGGCCCCCCAGGUCCCCCGGGUUCUCCCGCCGAGCUGCACAGGCUGCGCAGGCGCCGGCGCUCGCUGGCAGUCCUGGAGGGCGGCCUGGAGGAGGUGCUGGCCUCGCUGGCGUCGCUGAGCUGGGAGUUGGAGCGGCUGAGGCACCCUCCUGGCACAGCCGAGCGCCCGGGCCUCACGUGCCACGAGCUACGCCGCAGCCACCUGCACCUGCCGGAUGGGGAGUAUUGGAUUGACCCCAACCAGGGCUGCGCACGGGACUCCUUCAGGGUGUUUUGCAAUUUCACGGCGGGGGGAGAGACCUGCCUCUACCCCGACAAGAAGUUUGAGACCGUGAAGCUGGCCUCCUGGUCCAAGGAAAAGCCGGGAGGCUGGUACAGCACAUUCCGUCGAGGGAAGAAGUUCUCCUACGUGGACGCCGACGGGUCCCCCGUGAACGUGGUCCAGCUGACCUUCCUGAAGCUGCUAAGUGCCACAGCCCGACAGAGCUUCACCUACUCCUGCCAGAACUCGGCCGCCUGGCUGGAUGAGGCUGCGGGCGACCACAGACACUCCCUCCGCUUCAUGGGCACCAACAGGGAGGAAUUGGCCUUCAACCAGACAACAGCGGCCACGGUCCAUGUCCCCCACGACGGCUGUCGGCUCCGGAAGGGACAGUCCAGGACCCUCCUGGAGUUCAGCUCGUCUCGGGUCGGCUUCCUGCCCCUGUGGGACGUGGCAGCCGCUGACUUUGGCCAGGCCAACCAGAAGUUUGGGUUUGAACUGGGCCCCGUAUGCUUCAGCGGCUGA